AUGUCUGCCUCGACCGCCACCGCCUCCACUUCGCUUCCCGAUGCUCCUCGCCCAGGACGGCUUCGUCAACCUCUCAUCCCCAAGUGGGCAACGGAAUCGCAACGGCAGUCGUCUGUCUUGGUUGUCUUCCGGUGGUUCAGAAUCACCUGGGCACUCGCCUACUGCCCAUGCCCCGAAUCUGAGCAGCCGCCUUUGUCCCGCUUCACUUCUGCUCCCGCCCCGAGUUCUCGUGCUCCCGAAAACCCAACUUCAUCCACCGAUUCUUCGCACUCCACCCCCCCUGACGAAUCUGGCUCAAGCGCGCGUGUUAUGGCUAGACUGAGAAGCUCCUCCGUUGUGCAUGGUCGCACUCAACGCCCGGAUCGAACUGCUUCUACUUCAGAACCCGUAUCAGCCUCCCCAGAGCCGCCCACCCAAGCAAAUCCCGACUUGACCGGUUCUACCCCAGCUGAUGCUGCAACGCCUGAUACCGCCGCUUCCUCCUCGUCGAAACCUAAACAGAAGGCGGUCAUUCGGUUUUUCCCAUACACCGAUACCUACCAAAGCUCACGACCCUCGUUACCUUUCGUCCCAAUCAGCCGCACACUACCCUCCGAAAGUUGCGUGAUCAAAGUUGGACGUUACUCUGAGCGGGAUGGCGUUCCGGUCCCAAACCCCACGGAGCCAUCCGAUGCACCCGUGGGCUUCAAGUCGAAGGUUGUCAGUCGUAAACAUUGCGAAUUUUUGUACAUGAACGGGCAGUGGCACGUCAAAGAUGUAGGCAGCUCGUCAGGUACCUUCUUGAAUCAUAUGCGGCUCAGCCAACCGAACAUGGCGUCCCGCCUUUACUCCAUUAAGGACGGAGACAUUGUGCAACUGGGAAUUGACUUUCGGGGCGGCGAGGAAAUGAUUUUCCGCUGCGUACGUAUUCGCGUCGAAUGCAAUCGGUCGUGGCAGCAGCAACCCAAUGAGUUUAAUAAAAAUACCGAAAGUCUCAUCAAAAAUCUCGGAAAGGGCGACAACCCUGAUUACUCCGGCUGCCGUGAAUGCUCGAUCUGCCUCGGUUCCGUUCUGCGCCCGUAUCAAUGCUUAUUCAUGGCUGCUUGUGCCCACGUUUGGCAUUACAAAUGCAUUAGCCGCUUGCUUCAUUCGCCAGAUUAUCCUAUGUUCCAGUGCCCCAACUGUCGAGCUUUUACUGAUUUGAGUGCCGAAGUUGAUGAUACGCCAGACCAACCAGAAAUCAAUGGUGAGGCUGAGAACGAGAUUGAGGCGAAAGACGAGGCGUCGCCAGCAUCGGUCCCCGAGCUGCCUCAAGCUGAAACACACCCUCCGGUGCAUGAUCUAGCCACCAACGGUGUCAACCAUGAGGAACCGGAUCUGGCUACCGAUGUGGAAAAUCUGCAUUUGCAAGAUGAUCAAAGGCUCGAUGCAGACACAGAAGACGGCCGAAAUUCGGACUCCUCUGCGCCUAAUACUAGUAAGGAUGACCUCGUUCGCAGCGCCACAAGCAACAUUCCUGGGUGGCAGUCAACUCAGCCGCUGAAUGUACCUGGACCGUCCCGUCUUCGUGCUGACACCCCGGGUUUUUUCGGAAACGUCGGACGACAACCCCUUUACUCCACGAAAUGA